GCCGCCUCCUCCGGCGCCGCGCCCAGCCUCCUCCAUCCUGCUUCUCCUCCUCUACCUCUCCUAGCUCUGCUGCUGACCGACGCUCGCCAUGGACGUCAAGCCGGUGAGGGCUGUCAAGGUCACUAAUGUCUCCUUGAGUGCAACUGUACAAGACAUUAAGGAGUUCUUUUCCUUUUCAGGAGAAAUUGAACAUGUCGAGAUGCAAAGUGGUGAUGAAUGGUCUCAAGUUGCAUAUGUGACUUUUAAAGAUUCACAAGGAGCUGAGACUGCACUUCUUCUUUCGGGGGCAACAAUAGUCGAUCUUUCUGUCAUCAUCGCACCUGCUCCAGAAUAUCAACCGCCCCCUACUUCUUCUGCUCCACCAAUGUACAGUGGAACCAGUGUCCCAGUCAGUGGAGACAAUAAUGUUGUCCACAAGGCUGAGGAUGUUGUCAGCACUAUGCUUGCUAAGGGUUUCACACUGGGUAAAGAUGCAGUCGGCAAGGCAAAAGCUUUUGAUGAGAAGCAUGGCUUCACAUCCACUGCUGGUGCCAAGGUCGCCUCCAUUGACAGGAAGAUUGGUCUUAGCGAGAAGUUCACUAUGGGUACUUCCAUAGUGAAUGAGAAGGUGAAGGAGAUGGAUCAGAAGUUCCAGGUGUCCGACAAGACCAAGUCUGCAUUCGCUGCUGCUGAACAGAAGGUGAGCACUGCUGGGUCUGCUAUUAUGAAGAAUAGGUAUGUCUUCACCGGGGCGUCGUGGGUCACAAACGCGUUCAACAAAGUUGCGAAGGCUGCCACUGAUGUUGGUACGAUGACGAAGGAGAAGAUGGCAGCUGAAGAGCAGCAUAAGGGCUCCGGUCCUUCUGGGGGACACUCGUACACACCCAUCCAGUGAUGGCUCCACGUUCUCUCUCAUGUGCUUCAUUGUGUUGUAUUGAUGGAUGUAAUACAUAGAUAUAGAACAGAAAAAAAAAAAACCUCCUGCCAUACGUCUAUCAGUGAACUUUCACAUUGCAGGAAUUUUGUGUCCAGUAGAAUAGGAAAUUAAAUAGGCUGGUGAUCUCAAAGUAUUCUGCUGGUUCAUAUGGCGUAAUUUCAAACUGUUUCUGAUUGUAAGUUGCAUGAACCUUGGGAAAAGCUGUGGAAAGCUCCUUUAAUAAUGUCAUAUGAUGAUGUUAGUUCA